AUGUGGCGCGCAUCAGCAUCGGCGGGCAAGACUUGCAGGUCAUCCUCGAUACCGGCUCAUCUGAUCUACAAAACAUCGUCCUUUCAGACAUCCUCGGCCGAGUUUGAGCUCAAUUACCUGGUCGGCUCAGUCUCUGGAACCAUAGGGUUUGAGAGUGUGACAUUUGGCUCUUAUCAAGUCACCUCUCAAGUGUUCGCACUAGCAAAUCAGACCCAUAACCUCGAUCUGUCUAGCUCAGAAUACAGCGGCAUUCUAGGCCUGUCGUUCCCGCUUGCUGCAUCCAUCGCGUCGAAUACUGGGAAGACUCUAUUGGAAAACCUGUUCUCAUACUUUGACGAUUCUCACCGAUUUUUUGCCUUCAAACUGGGAAGAGAGCUGGACGAUUCGUCGUUCACCCUCGGACAGCUCGAUCCGGCAAUUGGGAACUCGACCGAGGAUUUCACAUAUACGGCUGUUUAUCCCGGUCGAAAUUCGGUGCCUGACUAUUGGAAACUGCCCCUGCGGUCUAUAACGCUCAACUCGACUACCCUUUUCACUUCUCUGGCGCCUUCUCGAGUGCAUGAUUCGACCACCCCCAUUGCUGUUCUUGACACUGGCACAUCGUUCAUUCUGGGCCCAUCCAGUGACGUGGAUGCUUUGUGGAACGCUGUUGGCGCCACAAGGAAAACGGAUGCUGGCCAGUGGCAGGUGAGAUGCAAUAGAGCUGUAACCAUCGGCUUCGUCCUUGGAGACCAUGAAAGCAUGAAGGAGUACCCUGUCGACCCUGCGGACAUCAACUUGCAAGGGGUAGACCCAGAGGGUUGGUGUAUUGCGGGUAUCCAACCCAGCAAUAAAAUCAAUUCCGGAGACUGGAUUCUUGGAGAUGCCUUCCUGCGAAAUGUUUACGUUGUUCAUCACGGCUCAACGGCCCAGCGUCCGCCUCUUAUCGGUCUACUCACUAUGACGGAACCCACGUCCGCUCUCCAGCGCUUUCAGCGGGAACGAGGGAGUGACUCCGAGGCCCCCAUCGAAGGCCAUUCGAUUGACGCUCACCACGAGAAGCAUCCAAAACUGAGCUCUGGGGCUAUUUGUGGUAUUAUUGCCACCGGCGCAUUUCUGGUUGGCGGAUCUGGAACACUGUUAUUCCAGAUAUACAAAUCGUACAGAAGGAGAGAAGGGAAAGAAACGACACCAUGA